AUGAGGUCCCUCCUCGCGACGGCGGCGCUGUUGUCUGGCGUUUCGGCGUCUCUAAUGCCAGCACCGAUGGUGACAAGGGCUUACGAAUGGAUCAUCAAGCCAAAGAUCAUGAUUGUUUCGAUGUUGUGAGUAUCGGAAUUCGACAUUGAGCCGGUGAAUGUGAUGAUAAUCCGUUCACAGUGAUCCCGAAGGUGAAGCGUGGUACGGCAUUCCGGAAUUCGACGUCCUCGCACUGAACAUCACCGUUCCCGGUCUCUCACCGCUAUAUCCGGACGUGCACUGCACGGCUAAUGGAGAUGUCUGCCAACUCACCAUCGGAGAGAGCGAGAUCAAUGCCGCUACAUCGAUUGCGUCUCUCGUUCGCUACGGUCGCUUCGAUCUCAAAUCGACAUACUGGUUCGUCGCCGGUAUCGCGGGCGUCAACCCAGAAGUCGCAACCAUCUGUUCUGCGACCUUUGCACGAUACGCCGUCCAGGUGGCUCUGCAGUACGAAUUCGAUCCGAGAGAAAUUCCGGCCAAUUUCUCGACGGGCUAUAUUCCUCUCGGAAGCCAUGCUCCCUCGGAGUAUCCCAGCAGCAUCUAUGGUACGGAGGUUUUUGAGCUGAAUCAGAAUCUCCAAAAGCUGGCGGCCAAUCUUGCGCGCAAGGCUACGUUGAAUGACAGCGACGAUGCGGUGGCGUACAGGGCCAAGUAUGCCGCCAACUCACGAUAUGCAGCGGGCGCGGCGGGUCCCUCUGUGGUGGAAUGCGACGUCGCUACUUCGGAUGUCUACUACAGUGGCGCUCUCCUUUCCUCGGCUUUUGGCAACUUCACGACGCUUUUGACGAAUGGUUCUGGUGUCUACUGCACGACUGCGCAGGAGGACAAUGCCACGCUCGAGGCCUUGAUGCGCGCCGCUGUCGACAAGGUUGUCGACUUCGGCCGCAUCAUCGUCAUGAGGACCGCUUCGGAUUUCGAUCGUCCGUGGCCUGGUGAAGCGGCUACUACCAACCUCUGGUGGGCUGAACAGGGAGCCUUCGAUCCCGCGGUGAAGAAUAUCUACCUUGCGGGCAUCGAGGUCGUCGAGGGCAUUUUGAAAGGAUGGAAUUCGACUUUUUCUGCUGGUGUAAAUGCUACGAAUUACAUUGGCGAUAUCUUUGGAACUCUGGGAGGCACGCCAGACUUUGGUCCUGGAUCUGUUUUCAAUAACAAGUAAGUCUGAGCCUUGUGAAUUUGCCGAAUGUAGUAGCCAACUAAUACGUCGCCGCGACAGCCCCGUGAAGAGGAGCGUUAAGGGGAAGAGGAAUGUUCCGGUCAAGAUUGGCAGACGACAGCCGUGA